AAUGCUAACAACCACUUACCUCACUCUUAAAUUAAGUCUAGUAACGCUUCUGAAAUCUUAAGAUGAGACAACUUGGACUCUAAUAUUGGCACGUGACCUCUUUUCAAGACCAGCUCCAGCUACCACUGGUUUCAAAAUCAGCAAGGAAUUUCACUCUAUUUUAGGCGUGAAGCAAAGAAGGCCGCAUCCUAGAGAAGGGACUGAGCUUGUGUCGUCUUGACAAAGCCCUUCCAUGUUGAGACCCACGAUGUCAGCCACGCAGAAGUUCUUUGUGAUAUGAUGUGGCUGUAUAUAUCAGCUCUGUAAAGCUCAGAUGAGAUUGCACCAGAGGUCUUGCUGUCCGCUUUUUGCACCAUGGCUUCCUCCGACCGCUCAGAGAUAUUUCUCCUCCGCCUUGCCUCUCGAGAUAACGACGGUUUCGAAGACCUCUUCAGAUCUCUGAUGACCCAUGCGGUAGUAAAAUCCGCGAAAACACGUCCAGGUGCCAUCCGAUAUCUCGAUACGAACACCCCCAAGGUUAUCAUAGUCACCGACCAUGCCUUGACAAACGAAUCGAACAGAGCUGUCCUCGAAAAGCUAAAGUCUUACAUCCGAAACGGUGGCCGCGCAAUAUUUGGAUUUGAUUUCUGUCAUUAUCUCGUUAAUCGUGGCGGUCGAGGAACAUUUGGGUUUGAAUUUCAUAAUCACCCCGCCGCCAGUCCUUCCACCUCGUUCUUCAAGGAAGAAUUUGGAGUGCCAUGGCGACUCUGUGGUCCUGGAUCCGAGGUCUUUACUUUAGGCUCUGGAUCGAAUCUUCUUACAGGCACGUCAGUAUCCCCGUUUCCAGAGCAGAGUCACAUGGUGGCAGUUGCUGUCAUGGGUACUGGGCCUGGGGAAGAGAUCUAUAGCUUCGAACCAGCGAAUAACUUGCAACCACCGGGCGACUUACGACCAGUGGCAAUUGCGAUAACGCCUGUUGGCAGUGGAUAUCUCAUGUACUUUGGGAAUAUAAGAGCCGCUGUGGCGAGGCUGGAUAUUCGGAUUCUCGUGGCUCUCUGCGGCAUCUGAUCGGGCUGGUACUAUGUAUUUGCAUGCGUGUUUGAGUGGACUUGGGACGUUGGUGUCAUUGAGAGUUUAUUUGCGUUGCUCGUGGAGCAAGCAAGCUAAAAUACACUUACUGUCUGAGAUAUGAUUUGAAUCAACAAAUCAUUUAAAAAUUUGUAUAGGUUAAUCUGACUGUUCGCUUUAGAAAAGGAGGGUGGGGCGUGGUUCAUGUCGUUGUAUGGAGUUUCUAUUAGCCUAAAAGAAUUACCUCGGCCGACUAUGAACAGAAUCAAUGUGUUUUAGCCCUGCAGAAACUAUAUCAAUUUCCAAUCCAAUUA